AUGGUUGCAAAGCCCCUGAUUGCCGGUCUGGUGGUACUUCUCGUGGCUGUUGUGAGCCUGUUCCUGGGGAUGUUUAUGGGCAUGGGGAAGAAAAGCAUGCCUCCCCCCACAGGAUACUGCUUCUCAAAGGCUGCUGUUGCUGCUGAUGCUGGAAAGUGCUCAGAAGUUGGAAGGGACAUUCUGAAGAAAAACGGCUCAUCGGUGGAUGCUGCUAUUGCUGCCUUGCUAUGUGUUGGCCUUUUUAAUGCUCACAGCAUGGGGAUCGGAGGCGGGGUCUUCUUUGUAAUCUACAAUGCUUCCUCAGGGAAGGUAGAAACUAUUGAUGCAAGGGAGACAGCACCCAAGAAUGCCACAGAAGACAUGUUUGGCAACAACACACAGCUUUCUCGUGCAGGUGGAUUGUCCAUAGCCAUCCCCGGGGAGAUCCGCGGCUAUGAGAUGGCCCACAAGAGACAUGGCAGACUGCCAUGGAGAGAGCUGUUUAAGCCGAGCAUUGCCUUGGCUCGUGAGGGAUUUCCUAUUGGGAAAGCCUUGGCUCGUGCCAUCUUUAAAAGCAAGGAUUCCAUUCAAGGAAACGCCAACCUGUGUGAAGUGUUUUGCGACUCUCAAAAAAACAUUCUGAAGGAAAAUGAUAUCAUAAGAUUCCCAAAACUGGCCGACACAUACCAGAAAAUAGCAGACGGCGGUCCUGAUGUAUUCUACAAUGGCUCAGUAGCGCACAACAUCGUGGAGGACAUCCAGGCAGCAGGUGGGAUUAUCACCUUGGAUGAUUUAUUGGAGUACGAGCCAAUGCUGAAUGAAAAUCCAUUGAAGCUGCAGGUUGGGGAGUACACCAUGUAUGUCCCAGACGCCCCCUCCAGUGGCCCAGUUUUGGCACUCAUUCUUAACAUAGUGAAUGGGUACAACUUCACAGACACAAGUGUCUCGACAGCUGAGAAGAAGACUCUCACAUAUCAUCGCAUCAUAGAGGCUUUCCGUUUUGCUUAUGCGAAGAGGAGCAAACUCGGGGACCCACGUUAUCUUAAUAUUACAGAUCUCAUCCAAAACAUGACAUCGGACUACUUUGCAGAAAGCAUAAGGAAGAAAAUUACAGAUGACACCACUCACCCAGACAUUUACUACGAGCCGGAUUAUUUUGUCCCUGACAACCAUGGAACGGCUCAUCUGUCAGUCAUGGCUGAAGAUGGAAGUGCGGUGGCAGCCACCAGCACCAUUAAUCUAUACUUUGGAUCCAAAGUCAGGUCUCGAUCAACAGGAAUACUCUUCAAUGAUGAAAUGGAUGACUUCAGCUCUCCACACAUGAUUAAUGGCUUUGGAAUUCCUCCCUCACCCAACAACUUCAUCCAACCAGGCAAGAGGCCUCUGUCCUCCAUGUCUCCAGCGAUCAUCUUUGACAAAGACAAAACGGUUAAAAUGGUUGUAGGCGCAUCAGGAGGCACCAAAAUCACCACAGCUACUGCCUUGGUCAUCCUGAACUCCUUAUUUUUCAACUACGACCUACGGAAAGCGGUGACUGAGCCGCGAGUGCACAAUCAGCUCAAUCCAAAUAUGACAAUAGUGGAGCAGGACUUUGAGAAGAGUGUCCUCGAAGGCCUGAUCCAAAAGAACCAUGUAACGCAUCUGCUGAAGACCCCAGAUUCUGUGGUCCAGGUGGUGAUGCAGCAGGGAGAGCAUAUCUGUGCAGAGUCAGACCCCAGGAAGGGAGGAUAUCCGGUCGGAUACUGAACGUGGUGCCAAACUCCCCUCAGACAUACACGUGACACAGAAUGACUCCUUGACACGUUUGACUCCAUGUAUGUGAUUGCAUGUUCAGUAUGUACGAGACAGCCGUGAAUGACAGCCAUGAACACUAGUCAUCUUAUUUUCUUACAUUUUUUGGUUUAAAAACAUGUAAUUUGGAGUGAGUUGCAAACGGUUCCAUGCAUAAAAAAUAUGAUAAUUUAAUGGGCAUUUUCUAAAGUCCAAAUUUGAGUGGUGUAGUGUCAAUGUAGUAGCGUUUUCCACAUAUAUUUUUAUGGGGAAAAAAAGAAUGGGCCUCAUUCAUGAAAUGUUCUUACGCACAAACGUGUUCUUAAAGCCUUCUUACGAAGAUUUUUGGCAUUCAUGAAAUGUGUUCUUAACUCACAGUUCUUAGAUCUAAGAACAAAUUCUACGAACGCUCAGGAGGACUCUUACGCACAAGCAAAGCUUGCACUUUCAAUGCGUAAUCGCCCUCGUGAUGGAUUUUGCAACCUGAUCCCAAAAAAUGUAGUGCAAAUAAAAUAUCCACAAAAUAAAAUAUCCAAUGUAACCACAGAAAAAAUAAAUUGUCACACACAAACUAUGUAUUUUGACUUUAUUUUUCCAUCAUGAUUGUGUAAAUAUUUUCUAGAGUUUCCGAAAUGGCUUGGUUUUUGAUUGAGGGCCCACCUCCCGUUUCCUCCAGAUGCCUCCGGUGCAGUCCAAUCUUUUUUUUUUUUUUAGUCUAUUUUAAGUCAAAACACUUCUUUUUAACUUCUGCAGUGGUGCGUUUCCCCGUGGAAACGGCAUUUAUGUUUCCUGCAAUGGUGCUCCAUGCCGACUCUUUUUGGAUGGUCUGAUGACCGGUGGAUGCACGUGAAAAUAAGGUGGUCUUGUGUUCGCUCACUCCUUGUAAAAGCACCUCUAUUUCAGUAGAAUUGAAGUUUUUCUUUCGUUUGUUGUCCAGCUGCUCCUCAGUCUUGCCCUUGCGCGUUGCCAUCUCCGCCUCCAGCUGCCUGUUGCGCACGGCACAUUUUUUACCUUGUAUGGGAAAUAAUAGGCGGUGACCUAUGCAAAUUAGGGCUCACAUGCACGGGCAUCACAGUUGGCAUUCAUCAACCUAAGAACACCGGUGCGAACGAUUAUCCCUACUUAAGAACGUGUCGUGAAUGCGGCGCAGUUUCCAACCCGCGCCUUCUUAAGUACACUUCUUAAGAAGACUUUUAAGAAGAUUUUCGUGAAUGAGGCCCAAUGUUCGAUAAUUUGUCUAGGUUUGUUUUCAUGUCAUAAAGCAGCUAGACUAAAUAAAAUAAAGACACCUCAGGUUGUUUACCUGUUAAGCACAGUUUGUCAGCCCUUUUUAAUGUAAUUUAACACUGAUAGUAUUUAGAGGUAUGCAGCAGAUCCCCGCACAUUCGCAAUUCAGCAUUCUUGGCCCCGCCCGCAAAUUUGCUAAUUUUUUUGUCAAAAUGUUUUUUUUUUCUUCAAAAAAUACAGUUAUUCCACAGAAAAACAUCUCAUUCACCCUAAGUUGGCAAUAAUUUAUAAAUAUGUGAUAAUACAAGUAAAAUGUACAGAUUGCAUAUGUACCACUGCUGGAAAGCCUGCUUCACUGGUAAUGUUUUUUUGUCAGACAUUGAGAUUUCACUCUUUGUUCAGCGGUCCUUGAACACACCAUUUUGUAAUGUGUGUUGUGAGAUGCAAAAGUUGGUUUGGCUGUGGAAGCACCAGAUUUGAGAGCCAAUUUGGCCUCAAAACGUGCAGCGAGGUGAAUACAAGUUAAUCAUCAUAGGUCGGUACUGUAAUUACAACAGGCAAGCGGUGUGGUUUAUGUAGACGUGGCUCGGAGAAACACCUUCUCUUGGCUGCUAGCCUCUAGCGCUAGCCUGACAACCAGGCUAAAGGCUACACCGUAACUCUGAUUAGUGCGAGCAGUGAUGUGCGGUCAGGGGAGGCAGGUGGGACAGAGCUUGAUCAAAUAUUUAAGUACUAAUAACAAUAUGGCAAGGCAAGCUUAUUUAGAGAGCACAAUUCACACACAAGGUAAUUCAAAGGUAAAAUCACUUCAUAAAAUCAUUCUAAAAUCAUUACAUAAAAUUCCAUAAAUCAUUCCAUAAAACUAAAAAUUGAAAAAUGAAGAGUGCAGAUAAAAUACUUUCAUUUGUCAUAUGCACAGUUGAAUAGAAGUGUUUUCAGACUGGAUUUGAACAUUGCCAAAGUUGAGGAUUGUUGCACAUCUUCUGGAAUAAUAAUCUAAUAAUAACAUAAAAUAUAUAUUAAUAUUUGCCUACUAAACUAUUACACAUGUAUUUUCUGUAUGAGAAUCGUUUUUAACAUUUUAAAUAAAAACGACUGAAUUUGAAUAUUUCUGAAUCAAAUACAGGGCAGAAACCUAAGAUGAGGCUGCCGCACGCGUCUCUUCUCGGCUUAGAGCGCAAGUCCUUUCUCCCUUCUGAGUGCACUCAUUGAGUGCUGUCAGAAGGUUUUUGACAGAAGCAGUGCAGCACCAGCCUGAGAGCAGCAAGUCAAAUGCAUUAAAUAUGCUCUGCUCUGUUAUGCUCUGCUGAAUGAAUGAAUAAAUUUGACUGUCAAGAAUGAGGAUUCUAUAGCCAAGCUCAUCAGUAGGUGAUCAGACUUUUACAACAAAGUAUCGGAACUUUUCCUGGAGAAGGAUAGUACAAAUGUACAAAUAAAAGGUAUGACCAUAAAGGUUUUUAGUUAAUAAAAUAAAUAAAUAAAACCAGAAUUUCCGGUGUACAGUGUAAGCCGCUACUUUUUUUCCCAUGCUUUGUAUAGUGCUUUUUUCACUUGUACAGAGAACAAACUAGAUGGCCCAUGAUGCUUAGAGUGCAGCUUCAGGAAGUAGUAAUGUGGCCGAGGGAAGUGGAAGCUAGUGUCACGUUUUGAAAUCUUAUGCAGUGAUCUCUGACACAUCUUAAGUAAGUUUGAUCAAGUGUAGAAUUACCACAGCUUCUGUUUGUACUACUCGGGCGCCAACUGUCUGCUAUUACCAACAUGUUUCAAAAGGCUGGACUACUGUAUGAUAAAGAGCUUUGGCUCUAGCUCAAUGGCAAAUGGCUUGAGACAAAUGCGACACAACAAGAGACAACAAAAGAGAGGCCGACAAAGUGUGUGACAAAAUAAUUAUGAGGCUGUUCAAUUGUGACACUGAAGAAGACGACUUUGGUGGUUAUAGUUCCCUUGAGAAGGAAGACUUUUCUGACUUUUCUGGUAGGAUACUCUUCAACUAGCCAUGUUGCAGGCACUGCUUGGCACUGUUUAACUUACACGCACUGUUGUGUUUAUUUAAUCAAAAGUUUAAAACAUCUUUCUGUGUAACAUAUUUGCAUGUACUAAAUAUUUCAUUUUACAAAGUGGACACCUGCGGCUUACACACAGGUGCGGCGUACGUGUAUGUACAAAUCUUUCUUUCUCUUUAAAUUUAGUGGGUGCGCUUACAUACCGACAAUACGUGCGCUCGUAUUCAAAAACAAUUUGAAAUUUUUUUUUUUUUUUAAUUAAUUGAACUAUUUUCUUUUUUUCUUGGUUAUCCUCUUUAUGAAAAAUGUGUAUUAACAUUUAAAAAAUUCCGCCACUGGUGGUGAGUACCUAUACAUUUUAUCAUGUAAAUGCAUUUAACAAGUGUGAGGCGUAUUUAAGACUGGAUUGUGUUGUGAGUGAACAAUGACAAUCCAAGAGAAAAGGGGAGGGUUCUGGAGGUGAAUCUAAUUCAAUAAUUACAACCGACACUUUUAUUGCAAAUGUUGAUCCAAAAUUGGAGUUGCACAAUUGCAGGAGUGUUUGGAGGAGCAGGAGCGAGUCGUGUGUCAAAAAUGGACAUUUUUAUGGGCAUAUCAAAUACAUGUGAUUUUUCGUUAUUAUCUGAUGGUUCCGGAACGUAAACCCCUGCAAAAAGCGGGGAUCUACUGUAAUAAUACUUUUUUUUUUUAACUACAACUCUAGAACUAUUAAAUUAUUCCUUUGUAUUGAAUUGUAAAUGUUUUAUAUAGUAGAGUAGAAGUUCAUGUAUUGUUGUUUGUGAAAAUAUUUGCAAAUAUAUUUUUUCUAAACCAUGCAAUGUUCUCAUGCCAUGUCUGUGACCAUGCUUGUCAUUAAACUCUUACAAGCAACUAUGGUGAGCAUCCAUUACUUUACAGGAAAUCAU